AAAGCCAGUUUCAAUGAGGUGUCACGGUGUUAUGAAAUCAGAAGUGUUUUCGGGGGACGCUUCGGUACGAACAGGCCUUUCAUAAAACUACGACUCCCAUGAUUCUCAGCGGCUGAUGAUGGGAGUACGGCUUCGUGGCUUCCACUAACCCCAACAGCGUGGUGUACGUGGAUACAGAUCUCCUCUGUGAUGUUUUCAAAGCUGACAGGAGUUUGGAUCAGAAGAUGAAGUUUCUCAGAGAAAAUAAUUUCAUUAAUAACCUCACAGUGUCCAGUGAGGGGCCGAGCUGGAGGCUGCUGACGGCUCUCAGACUGAUGGCUCUGCCUCAGACUCUGUAUCCCCAGUGGAAGGCGGUGUUGCUCGGCCAGCAGGUGUGUGAGGAGAGAGAGGAGAGGAGCGUCAGGACCGUGAAGACUCUCUGUGAGAGGAUACUGCGGGACACACACACCGCUCUGGAGAAGAUCUCCCUCCUCCUGCAGUGUGUGUGUCCGUCUCUCACGGAGCAGCUUCAUGUGGUCGAGGCUCUGCGACAGGAGGAGAGGUGCAUCCUGGGAAAUUGUCUUAAGGCAAUGGAAUUAUCAGCGGAAAACAACAACCACCAGACGAACUGUUGUCACGGCAACCAGAUAAUGCUGAUGAGGAAGACACUGUGAGCUGAUAGGUGCUUAUUUCUGCCAGUCACUACUAGAAGCUCUGUGAUUGGCUGAAGUGGAGAUGCUGUUUUAUUUCAGUAGUUUGUGCUGUUCACCACAAUCUACUGAGUUAGAGAGCAGCCAAGUGAAGUUAAAUUAUUUGUUUUAAAAAGGAUCAAGGGACUGUCUGCGGCCAUAUCAAUCCACAGAAAGAAGUCCGGUCAACUGUGGACAACUAACAUGAGUUUCCUCCAUCAGAAGCAUGGAAUAUACUUUUUUAAUAUUCAUUUUUAUAUCUGUGGAAAGCAAGAAACUAUGGAUUCAUGAUGGCUAAACUGUGGCUUAGUAAAGAAGAGAAGGAAAGAGGUUAAAAGACAGAUAGCUG